AUGGAGAGGGGUGCUCUACUGAGCCAGCUGUGCUUCGGCCUGCUUCUGUCAUGCGCGGGUCUGCCUUCAGCGUGGAGUGCCGGAUGUCCACAGCUUUGUGUGUGCGAGACACGUCCCUGGUUUACCCCACAGUCCACCUACAGGGAAGCCACCACGGUGGACUGCAACGACCUGCGACUCACCCGCAUCCCCAGCAACCUGUCCGGUGACACACAGGUGCUGCUGCUGCAGAGCAACUACAUCGCCAGGACUGGGGAUGAGCUGGAGCAGCUCUUCAAUCUUACCGAGCUGGACCUUUCCCAGAACAACUUCAGUAGCAUCAAGGAUGUGGGCCUCACCAACAUGUCCCAGCUCACCACGUUGCACCUUGAGGAGAACCAGAUCUCUCACCUGUCGGAUUACUGCCUGCAAGACCUUUCCAACCUCCAAGAGCUCUAUAUCAACCACAACCAGAUAAACAGUAUCUCUCCCAAUGCUUUCUCUGGCUUGCAGAACCUUCUGCGGCUUCACCUCAACUCUAACAGGUUGAAGAUUAUUGACAGCCGGUGGUUUGAGUCCACUCCCAACCUUGAGAUCCUCAUGAUUGGAGAAAACCCUGUCGUUGGUAUUACGGACUUGAACUUCAAGCCUCUGAUUAACCUGAGAAGCUUAGUGCUGGCUGGAAUGGACUUGACUGAUAUUCCCGGUGAUGCCUUUAUGGGACUAGACAACCUGGAAAGUCUGUCAUUUUAUGACAACAAGCUGAUCGGAGUGCCGCAGCUGGCUUUACAGAAACUUCCCAAUUUAAAAUUCUUGGAUUUGAACAAAAACCCAGUGCACAAGAUUCAGGAGGGAGACUUCAGGAACAUGUUUCGACUCAAAGAGCUUGGAGUCAACAACAUGGCUGAACUCGUUUCCAUUGACCGCUAUGCGCUGGAUAACCUCCCGGAACUUACUAAACUUGAGGCCACUAACAACCCUAAACUCUCAUACGUUCACCGCUUGGCCUUCAGGGACGUGACAUCCUUGGAGAGUCUCAUGCUAAACAACAAUGCACUGAAUGGAGUUUACCAGGCCACUGUGGAGUCACUGCCCAACCUGCGGGAAAUAAGCAUCCACAGCAACCCUUUGCGCUGCGACUGCAUCAUCCAGUGGAUGAACCCCAACAGGACAAACAUCCGCUUCAUGGAGCCGCUCUCCAUGUUUUGUGCUACGCCACCCGAGUUUAGGGGCCAGCAAGUUCGGGAGGUGCUGCUACAGGACAGCUCAGACCAUUGCCUGCCCAUGAUCACUCAUGACACGUUUCCCAACCACCUUAACCUGGAGAUCGGCGUGACUGUCAGCCUGGACUGCCGUGCCAUGGCUGAACCUGAGCCUGAGAUCUACUGGGUGACACCACUGGGGAGCAAGAUAACGGUAGACACCCUGUCUAGUAAGUAUGAGCUGAGCAGCGAGGGUACCCUGCAUAUUGCACAUGUACAGGUGGAAGACUCGGGCCGGUACACCUGUGUGGCUCAGAACACGGAAGGAGCCGACACACGGGUGUCCUCUGUCCGUGUCAACGGGACCCUCAUGGGUGGAGCGCAGCUCAUGAACAUUUACGUCAAGCAGACGGAAUCCCACUCCAUCCUGGUGUCCUGGAAAGUCAACUCAAACGUCAUGACUUCCAACCUAAAAUGGUCAUCGGCCACGAUGAAGAUUGACAACCCACACAUCACCUACACGGCCAGGGUCCCUGUGGAUGUCCACGAGUACAACCUGACUCACCUGCAGCCUGCUACUGAGUACGAGGUGUGUCUCACUGUGUCCAACAUCCACCAGCACACACAGAAGUCUUGCGUCAACGUGACCACCAAGAGUGCUUCAUUCACCGUGGAGGUGUCGGACCAGGGCACCAGCACUGCCUUGGCCGCCGUCAUGGGCACCAUGUUUGCUCUCAUUAGCCUGGCAUCCAUCGCAGUGUACAUUGCCAAGAGGUUAAAGAGGAAGAACUACCACCACUCCUUGAAGAAGUACAUGCAGAAAACCUCCUCCAUACCCCUAAAUGAGCUCUACCCUCCCCUCAUUAAUUUGUGGGAGGCAGAUAGCGAGAAGGACAAAGAGGGGUCCGCGGAGACCAAGCCCACCCAGGUUGACACAACGAGAAGCUACUACAUGUGGUAAAGACCAGGCAGCUUUGCUUUUUGGAGCACAA